AUGCAGAACUUCUGUGCUGCCCCCAACUGCACGUGAAAGAGCACGCAGUCCGUCCUGGCCUUCUUCAGGUUCCCGCGGGAUCCGGCCAGAUGCCAGAAGUGGGUGGAGAAUUGUAGAAGAGCUGACUUGGAAGAUAAAACACCUGAUCAACUAAAUAAACAUUAUCGAUUAUGUGCCAAACACUUGGAGACCUCUAUGAUCUGUAGAACUAGUCCUUAUAGGACAGUACUUCGAGAUAAUGCAAUAUCAACAAUAUUUGAUCUUACUAGUCAUUUGAACAAUCCACAUAGUAGACACAGAAAACGAAUAAAAGAAUUGAGUGAAGAUGAAAUCAGGACACUGAAACAGAAAAAAAUUGAUGAAACUUCUGAACAGGAACAAAAACAUAAAGAAACAAAAAAUAGCAAUGCUCAGAACCCCAGUGCAGAAGAAGGGGGUGAUAAACAGGAUGAAGAUAUUUUGCCUUUAACCCUUGAAGAGAAGGAAAACACAGAGUACUUAAAAUCCUUAUUUGAAAUUUUGAUUCUUAUGGGAAAACAAAAUAUACCUCUGGACAGGCAUGAGGCUGAUGAAAUCCCAGAAGGUCUCUUCACUCCUGAUAACUUUCAGGCCCUGUUGGAGUGCCGCAUAAAUUCUGGUGAAGAGGUCCUGAGAAAACGCUUUGAGACUACAGCAGUUAACACAUUGUUCUGUUCAAAAACACAACAGAAACAGAUGCUGGAGAUCUGUGAGAGUUGCAUCCAGGAAGAAACCCUCAGGGAAGUGAGAGACGACUCGCACUUCUUUUCCAUUAUCACUGAUGAUGUAGUGGACAUAGCAGGGGAAGAGCACCUUCCCGUAUUGGAGAGGUUUGUAGAUGAGUCUCAUAACUUGAGAUAGGAAUUUAUGGGCUUCCUUCCUUAUGAAAUUUUGGCUGUGAAAUUUCACACUACCAUAACUGAGAAGUGGGGACUAAAUAUGGAGUAUUGUCGUUGCCAGGCUUACAUUGUGUCUAGCAGAUUCUCUUCCAAAAUGAAAGUUGUUGCUUCCAGACUUUUAGAGAAAUACCCUCAAGCUGUCUACACACUCUGCUCUUCCUGUGCCUUAUAG